GAGUGGAACUGGGGCAUGUGGAUAAGGGGCCUGGGUUGGGGGAAGAGCUGACUGGAGAAGCAGACACACGGAACUCCCAAGAAUAUCCAGUGAAGUCAGUGUGUGCAGAAGGCUCGGGGAAGUGCCAAGAAUGUGUGCGCGCGUCUGCCCACCAAUUCCCUGCGAUGAACAAUAAGUGCUUUGGCUUCAAGAAACUGCUGAUUCAGAACGGCUGGUUCAGUGGCUGUGUCCUCUGCCCGCCCUGCUUGUCACACAUUCUUUUCGUGCCCCCAGAGCAAGAGCAGGGCUUAUGGCAUCGUGGCGCAUGGUUCGUAUGGCGUGUGCAAGAGUGCGCUGGUGCAGAGGGCGGAGCGUGCGGCUUUCCCAAUGUGUAUCUGCCAGUCAUUGAGAAGACCUAUCGCCAGGUGCUGAGCUGCAGACCCAGCCUUGGGGCUCUGCACUUCACCGACACCGCCCAUGGCCACCGCUACCUGGAUCUCCAGCGCCUCGCCAUUGCCUUCAUCCUGGUGUAUUCAGUCACCAAGAAGCAAACCGUGGAGGAGCUGAAGCCCUUCGGUGAGCUGUUCCGCAAAGUCAAAAGCAACAACUUGAAUAAGUAUUCUAUCUACUGGUGUGCAGCCAACGCAAUGAAAGCGGCUGGGAGCUGACUGGUGAGGGACCGCGCUGCCUGCGCCUUGGAGUGGAAUUGCCCGUUCCUAGGGGCCUCCGUCCAGACGGCUAUCGGUGUGCAGGAGCUGUUUCACAUACUGCUGAAGCACGAGAAGCAUCCUGCCACCUACCUCCACCAUCCUGAGAAGAAAUCCCAGAUGCCCAAGACCGCCGAGAAGCUGCUACGUAAAUACAUCAUCACGUGAGUUCUGGGUGUUAGGAUCCCGAACUUCUCCUAGAGUGUGAGGAAACAUGGACCCGUCCCGGUGUAACCUGUCACUGUUAAAUGGUUGAAACAUUGGAGGAGGAGGAAAAAAAGGAGAAGGAUGCAUUUAAAAACCACUUGGGGGACGCCUGGGUGGCUCAGUCGGUUAAGCGUCGGACUUCAGCUCAGGUCACGAUCUCGCGGUCCGCGAGUUCGAGCCCUGCUUCGGGCUCUGGACUGAUGGCUCAGAGCCUGGAGCCUGCUUCCGAUUCUGUGUCUACCUCUCUCUCUGCCCCUCCCCCAUUCAUGCUCUGUCUCUCUCUGUCUCAAAAAUAAAUAAAUGUUAAAAGAAAAAUUAAAAAAAUAAAUAAAUAAAGACCACUUGGAUAGACUGUAGAGAUUAAUGUUUGAAAAAGAGAAUGAAAUGCUGAAAUGAAUUGAAGAGGCCACUGCUCUUCGCGUAACUCUAUCGCAUGUUAUUUUUAAACAUUUCAAGUCCUGUAAAGUCCCCAUUGUAUACUUAAUUGUUUAAAAAAUGUAUUUUUGCAACAAAAGCUGUGGCAGAUAGCUUUUAGACAGAUAUGUUAAACAAGAUAAAUAAAUGGAUAAUCUAUGGCUGAGCAUUGGGGGUCAGGGAGAGAAAAUAGUGAAAAUGGAACUUGCUUACUAAAUAUGUGCUAGUUAUUUCCUAAGUCAUUUAAAAAUGUUUGGGUAUUCCACAUAGCAGUUUUUGUGACUUAAGGCUUUUCCUGCAAGCUUUAUAAUUUCUUUUUCACUGGGCAGCAAAAAUAUCCAUUGCAUUGAAAUUUCAACCACAUCUGGGGACGGUUUCUAAUAAGAAUUUUACACAGGGAAGCUUAUUCCCUCUUGAAAUUAGCCAGUGGGGGCAGGGGUGCAGUUAAGGAGUCCCCACCAUGCAGAGCUGGUUUAUAUCCAUAACCUUUCCAGGACUGACAUCCAAAGGAACUCCAGGCACCUCUGAAGAGGAUGCUCACUCUGUUGCUGUCCCGGAGAUAAAAAGGUGGCAAAAAGCAGCCUUUGGCUGCUUCAAAAGUCUUCCCUCAAGAAAUGCUAGAUGUAGGGAGUGGGGAGGGGGAAGGAGGGUAGGGGAAAUGGUGGAAUGUGAAAUUUGAGAAGUUCCUCCUUAAGGGAGUUAUUUUAAAAAGAUUAAUUUUAGAGGCACCUGGGUGGCUCAGCCGGCUGGGCGUCCAACUUCAGCUCAGGUCAUGAUCUCACAGUCUGUGAGUUCAAGCCCCGUGUCCAGCUCUGUGCUGACAGCUCAGAGCCUAGAGCCUACUUCAGAUUCUGUCUCCCUCUCUCUGCCCUUCCCCUGCUCAUGCUCUGUAUCUCUCUGUCUCAAAAAUAAAUUUAAAAAAA